AUGUCUCGCAUAGCGAAGGCCACUCUCGUCAGCUCGCUGCUAGCCUCUGCGGUCAUCAUCUGGGGUGUCCAUUUCCUCCAGACAUCCGAGCGCGAGACCAUGUACCAGGGUGUUCUGCGCGACGAUGAAAGGCGCCGCGAGAAAAUGCGUCAGAGAGAGCAAGAUCUUCAGGAGUCCGUUCGCAAACGUGAACUAUUCGAGCGCGUGCAAACUGUCUCGGGCGCAGCUUCACAAGCAUCAGACUCCAGGGAGGGCAGUUGA